UUUCAGGAUGUCCUGUACCGCUGAUUAAAGGUGGACUGGGAGCGACGAUAGACGCCACUCCUGCUUAAGACCUUAAACUGGAACCUGCUCGAUUCAAAGCCGAUCCGGACACCGCUGCGUCGUCAAAUUUACCCAAAAGGCUGGAAGAUCUGACCGGCAUAUUGAUCCGGUUCAAUAGCUGAAUUCCCGGCGAUCCCAGUGCAAACAGCAACACCAACGCUCAAAAAUAAUAAAAAAAAGACCUAUGUAGAAAGCAGAGUUAUUUCUCCCCCCUUUUCCUCUCUGGCUGGAAGGGGAGAAAUCAGUUUUGGGGCAAACAGCGUUUUGAUGCUGGCGGAGCUGCGCGCAUGCGUUGCUCUUGUCAGAAUAAUUGCGCUCAACGGGACUAAGUUGCAUUCCCUGCUUCUUCUGUCAAAGUCAUUUCUUUUAAUCAAAGUUAGGGAUGUGGACGGUUCAGGACCUAGGACGCCUUGGGAUUUUAUCUCUUCUUCUCACGGUCGGCAUGGUCUCUUGUGCGCAAAGCGCAAACGAGCCCAGUAACAUGUCAUACGUGAAAGCGACGGUGGACAAACUGCUCAAAGGAUAUGACAUUCGCUUAAGGCCUGAUUUUGGAGGCGCUCCCGUGGACGUUGGCAUGAGCAUAGACAUCGCUAGCAUCGACAUGGUCUCUGAAGUCAAUAUGGAUUACACCAUCACCAUGUACUUCCAGCAGUCAUGGCGGGACAAGCGUCUAUCCUACACGGGGAUCCCUCUCAACCUCACCCUGGAUAACCGUGUGGCUGAUCAGCUGUGGGUGCCGGAUACGUACUUCAUCAAUGACAAGAAGUCCUUUGUGCAUGGCGUGACAGUAAAGAACCGCAUGAUUCGGCUGCACCCCGAUGGCACCGUGCUCUAUGGCCUCCGGAUCACCACCACGGCCGCCUGCAUGAUGGACCUCCGCAGAUACCCCCUGGACGAGCAGAACUGCACCCUUGAGAUCGAGAGCUAUGGCUACACCACAGACGACAUUGAGUUCUACUGGCAGGGAGGCAGCUCCGUCACUGGAGUGGACAGCAUCGAGCUGCCUCAGUUCUCCAUCAUCAACUACAGGACCCUCUCCAAGAAAGUCGUCUUUGCAACAGGAUCCUACCCCCGACUCUCCCUGAGCUUCAAGCUGAAGAGGAAUAUCGGUUACUUCAUCCUACAGACCUACAUGCCCUCCAUCCUAAUCACCAUCCUGUCCUGGGUCUCCUUCUGGAUCAACUACGACGCGUCUGCAGCCCGAGUGGCCUUGGGUAUAACAACUGUCCUGACCAUGACUACCAUCAAUACUCACCUCCGUGAGACCCUUCCCAAGAUUCCUUAUGUGAAGGCCAUCGACAUCUACCUCAUGGGCUGUUUCGUCUUCGUCUUUUUGGCGCUCUUGGAGUACGCCUUCGUCAACUACAUCUUCUUUGGUCGGGGCCCCCACCUGCAGAAGAAAGUUGCAGAGAAAGCAGCCAAGACCAACAAUGAGAAGAGCAGACUGGACUCCAACAAAGUCCAGGUGGAUGCCCAUGGCAACAUCCUGCUUACCAACCUUGGGAUCCACAAUGAGGUGAGUGGCGCAGAGAUGCUGGCGGGUCUGGGGGACCCACGGGCCACCAUGUUCUCCUACGACAGCGCCAGCAUCCAGUACCGGAAGCCCAUGGCCAGCCGGGACCUGUAUGGGCGACCGGCCGUCGACCAGCCGCUGGGCCACAAGAAGAACAAACUACGCCGCAGGGCGUCCCAGCUCAAGGUCAAGAUCCCCGACCUGACGGACGUGAACGCCAUAGACAAAUGGUCCAGGGUGAUCUUCCCCAUCACCUUCACUUUCUUCAACCUGGUCUACUGGCUCUACUACGUCCACUAGGGGGCGCCUUCUUUACACUUUAUUUAUUUUCUCCCUAAAGGCUGUCCAUUAGGGGAUUAACAAAUUAUAUAUAUAUUUUUCCUUUUUUUCAGAACUCUAAGGUAAGGUAUUCAGCCAUUGUUUAUUUUUCCAUAGCAGUAUAAUUUUACGAAGAAUAUCGGGCUGUAUGCUUCACUUCAGUGUAAAUAUAUUUUAAUAUAUAAAACAUAAAAAUAACAGUAUUAUAUUUUCCCAUAACUGUACCUGCACAUUGAAAAUAGAAUCACAUGGACCUAGUAUUUGAAUAAGGCUCAGAUGGAUACAGAACCACUGUUUCUGUUCUGACGUUAGGAGGUCCAAUCUGUUGGCAUCUGACCUCGCAGAUUUUGUGCCAAACCGGACUGUGAUGACUUGAAGACUUGUGAACAAAACACUGUGUUAUUUCUCUGUAAAGGGAAAACCCAUUUGUAUGUGGCAACAGGUUUCCAUGUUCUGGAUGCAGCAAGGAUGCUCUGUUUAAGAAAGUAAUUAGCUCUGACUCACUGACCUUUUGUUUCUGAUGAAUGUUUUGUUUUACCGAUGUCCUGUGACAAGAAACUGCCCUGGCUGACGAACAGAUUCUAUUUUGUCUUCAGCAAGGGCGAUUUGCUAUCUUUUUGCGUUUGACGCAAGCAGUUAUAUAUUCAUUUCCCACUAGUCCUGCAUAUGCCAGCAUUCAUUCUUGCAUGAAAACACUGAGCUUGUUUGAUUGCUCAACCAUUUAGCUUUUUAGAUUAACCUGGACCAAUGGAAGGCUUCAUUGUUUAGUAAUCGAUUCCAUUCUUUAAAAAAAUAUAGAAUUUAGACACAUGACUGCUAUAAAUUGGAAUUCAUUAGUCUGGGAUUUUGUAAAAUGCAACUUUCAGGUAAAAAAAAAAAUGUUACACUUUCAAGUCAUUUACAAAUAGACAAACAGAGUGUUCUUUGGAAACCACUGUAGAGAUUCCUCAAAAAAAAUACUUUCCAGGCGUGAUUACACCUUACUUUUUGAAUGCAAAGUAGUGCUUCAUCCAUUUAAUAUUUUAUGUAGUUAAAAUAUAUAAAUAAUAGUUAUGAUGAAGAAUGAAAUUGAAGUGCUGUGGGACAAAAUUUAAUUUACAUGCAUUGAGUCAAGGAAAACCUUAUUCAUUUAUUAAGCAGGUGCACUAAUCUAUAACACAUUCUAACAACUACUUUUUUGAUUAAUCAAUUGAGGACUUUAUUAAUUAUAAGUCAUGUACCUAGCACCCCUGAAAGGCAUCAUUAA